CAGCUGCGACGGAGGAAGCCAGCCGCACUCUCGCAUUUCCACGUGUUUUGAGCACCGUGCGAAGACAUACGCGUCGUCUGCUGCAGCAGCGCCUACUGCUGCUACGCUUUGCCAAUGUGUCGUCGGUUUUGCAACUGAGCGGUUGACUCGAAGGAUCAGCAGGCAUGGCGUUCCCGAUCGACUCACGUGGUGGAUCACCAGGCGUCCCCAAAAGCGGCGCCGUCGCCACUGCAGUCGACAUGUCCACGGCGGCGUCAACCGGCGGGAGCAGCGGCUGCGGUCGCCUGUACGCGGCGCUGGUGCUGUCCGGUCUGUUCUUCCUGGCCGAGAUCGUGGCGUCGCACGUGACCCACUCGCUGGUGCUGCUUAUCUAUGCCUACCAGAUGCUGUACAACGUAUUGGCGUUGGUGCUUCUCGUCAUCAGCCACCACAUCUGCCAGGAGCGGACGCUGAAGAACACGUUCGGCUGGGCGCGCGUCGAGGUUCUGGGCACGCUGGUGAAUAUGCUGUUCCUGAUGGCGCUGUGCUUCGCCAUCUCGGUGGCCGCCGUGCAGACCAUCGUGCACGCGUCGCACGAGAACACCGAGCCGCAUUACCCGAUGCUGCUGCUCUGCUUCGGCAUCCUCGGACUGUCCGUCGACAUCGUCUGCUACAUCGUCAUCGGAGGCACCCGUGUUCGUCGCGGCUGCAACCUGCGCAUCGUGCACGGCACCGAGGUGCAGGUGAACUUCGUGGUGGGUACAGAGUCGGGCACCGAAGAGGAGGACGACCAGGUGCCUCUGCCCUGCCAGAUGCAGCUGCCGGAAGAGCCGAGCAACAAGCAGUCCCUGCUGCCCACGCACGCCCACCCUCACCACGCGCUCUCCGACGCCAGGAGUUGGCGCUCGUGUCUGUUGGAAGCGAUGCGCACUUGCGGCGGUUGUCUCCUCGUGGUAGGCUGCGCAUGCGCCGUGCAUUUCGGGACGGGGGCGCUGCCACGAUACGUGGACCCAGUGCUAGCCGUGGUGGCCGUAGCCAUACUCAUUUGCACCUCAUACCCACGCAUAAAAGAGUCUGGUCUCAUCCUUCUUCAGAACGUUCCACAUAACGUCGACAUUGCGACGAUGCAGAAGAGGAUCAUGAAAGAGUUUCCGUCCAUUCUGAACGUGCACGAGUUCCACCUGUGGCAGCUCACCAACACGCACCUGAUCGCCACGGUGCACAUAGUGUUUGGGUCGCCCGCGGUGUACGCGUCCAUCGCCGACCGCCUGAACCGUUACCUGCACGAACAGGGGAUCACCUCCACCACGGUGCAGCCAGAGUUCUGCCAGGAGACGCACACGGGCUCUCAGUGCAUCCUGCAGUGCUCGCAGGCCAAGCACUGCGGCUCGUUAACCUGCUGCGGAGGCCACACCGCCAAGGAGGCCGAGCUGCGGAGGCGAAACGCGGCCGCCGUUCCUCCCACGACGAACGGCGACGGCCUGUUGGCGGUGCCGGCCAGCGCGGCCAUAAGCCCCUCCAGGGCGUCAUCGGUCAUGAGUUUGGACAGCCAAGUGCUGUGCGAACUGGGUGGACUCAAGGAGACCGACCUGUAGCCGGGCCUCGCGCCGUGCCCGCCUCCUUUCGACGAGAGAUGCCUUUGCACAUACGCAGGGGCAACAUGAUGUCAACACUCCACCGUAUCGGUGGCGACUCUCAGCAGGACAUUAGGAAAGGACAAUUCGCCGGUAACGAUCGAUCUUUGCAGAUUGAAUGCAACGAUCAAGAGAAUCGGCGGAUGUGUGAUGAUGUGGUGCACUCCGCGAAGUACAUGCAGCGCGGUCAUGUAUCCAUGGGGUCGUCGCGGUAUAUGAAUGACUGCACCACGUGUUGAAAGCAGGGAUGUGUCAAGUGACGUCGCCGCGUGGUCAAAGUGUGUGGACUGAACUGUCCUGAAGCAGGCCGUGGCCAUCGCUGAUGUUUCCGGUGAUGGAAGGAAAAUAGCGUUGAGCCGUGCUCUCGAAAUCGGCUGCGAACUGCGCCAUACAUGUUUCCCCUCUUCUAGAAACACAUCAAGGAGGGAACUGCGCAUCGAUGAUGCUCACCUUAUAAUCGCGCAUUCAAUGAGAAUGAUAUAACGUACCACAUAGGUGCAUUACCGGCGGCCGUUUGCCUGUCUUUUAGCGCGGUCAGCGUCGAGUACUAACUUGAGACGGCGUAUUACGCGGUUUGCUAAACGGCUGGCUGUGAUAGCGUGGCACUGUUAUUACACUGCAUUCCUAACAGAAAUGUUGCUUGUUAAACUGAAGACGGGUUCUUCUUUCAAGUCAUAAAUAAAUAAGCGCUAAAAAGCGAGCAACAAGAGACACAAAGACGAAAACACGAGCUCUUGCGCUUUAGCCUUCCUUGGCUUAGCCGCUCAGGUGUUCCAAUGCUGAGCCCCUGGAUGCGUUUUCGAGAUACCGUCAGCGGCGGCCGCAUUUCGAUGCGGGCGAAAUGCAAAGACACCCGUUUGGCUUAGAUUUAGAUGCACCUUAAAGAAGCCCCGGGUGGUCAAAAUUAAUUCGGAGUUACCAACUACGACGUGCCUCAUAAUCACGUCGUGGUUUUGGCACGUAAAGCCUCAGAAUUUUAACAGCGGAGCUGUUUGAGCUUGAGGUUGCGCCGGUGGUGUUCACGAAAAACUCACUGCGCGUUGCCUAGCAACCACCUGGCACUGUGUCAAGUAUCUCCUAUAGCAUGGCAUAGCCAUGCGUAGUACAGUGUAACAAGGGGCUGGGAAAGGGAAGUGAGGCUGAGGAGGAGGGAAAGGAGAAGGGGGAGAACGUAAGGCAUACCAUAACCAUGCAUAUCACCCUCACGUCACUCCUCUCCUUCGCUCCCCUUUCCCACCCCUUUGUUAUACCUUACUAUAAGGUAUAACAAGGGGUGGGACAGGGGACUGAGAGUGAGGAGUGAUGCGAGGGUGAGGAGGAGGGGAAGGAGAGGGGAAAGGGUGAAACAUAGCAUAGUCAUAUAUAGUGUAGUUUAGCUAGGGUUGAGAAAGGAAGGUGAGGGUGAAUAGGAGGUAAAAGAGGAGGGGAAGGCCACCAGCUGCGCUGUUUCCUUACGCAAUUUUUUUUUUUAUGUCUUGAUGCUCGUCUUUAGCGCCUCUCUCUUUACCAAUGAAUGACCAGCUUGCUCAGCAAUACAUAGUAAUUACCAGGUCAGUCAAACAACGAUAUAACUAGUAUCGAUUGUUGCCCGGGGGAACGCGGCGUUAUGGUCGGUAUAGUUCUGUGCCAAAACCGACGCUCUUCGUUCAAUGACUGCCGUGCGCCGGAGCCACAAAGCGUUAUAUACUAGCGCUCACGCGGAAAGAAUGGGGUCGAACGUGCAUGCAGGUGCGUUGCACGCUCCGCCGACAGCGCCUGACUCUUUGCAUAUGCGUGCAGCGUGUUCAGUGCUAUAGAUGUGACCGGUGCCGUUCCAGCCAGAAGAAAAGGCACGUUGGACUGCUGUACGAUUUUAAAACCCGGCGCGUUCUAUGCGCUACGUGCCUGUUUCUCCGAUUGCCGGUGACAUUCUUCUAGUCUUGUGUGUGUCCUGCACCGUUUUCUUCGUUGAAAUCGUUCCAUGCAGUUCUAAAGAGGCUGUAGUGCGUUGUAUGCGGAACUACCUUGUAUCGCGUCAUAUAUGACGGGUGAAGGAGAGCACACCUCGUUUCCGCAGUUCUGCACAGAACUGGCGAUACCGAACGGCAUUCAGAAGGAGCGGCUGCGUGGAAUGGAUCUCUAGAGAGAAUAUAUAUGCGUGAACUAUUUGCGCGCCACGAUGGAACGGUGCAAGGCCUAGGCUUCUGGUGUUACGAUUUUUUUUUUUAUCCGUAUAGCGUGGCUACGCGUUCCAGUAUGUGCUUGUCGUGAUCCUGGCACAACCUUACUGCACGAAUGCAGCAUUGAUGGUAUAGCCGAAUGAUCGCUGCUAAUGCGUUUUGGAGCGAAGAAAGACAGCCCCUCCCCCUCCCCCCACUUUUUUUUUCUUUUGUCUGAGUCGAUUUUAAUGUCCAUCCAGCGGAAAGCGACUGUUUUCUCGAGGAAGCUGAUGGUGUGUCGGUAUGUAGUGGAAAACCCUCUUCUUACGGGGUACUUGAAAUCACAAAACAGGGAAAGAAUGUGAUGGCAAGGACAAUGUGAAGGCAUAGCGCGAGAGUCGACAUAUGUGGAAUACACAGUAUCGAUCUAUACAGUGAGUAUAUAAGCAAUACAUCAUUUGCCCCGGCGAACAUUGGAAACUGAAAUAAUCGCAAACAAAUUCCUCGGUUACGCACUAUUCACUAAUCAGUUAAGAACUUUCGAGGAUAUGUAAAUAUGGAACUGAAACUGGCCGCCCCUAAGCACAGGCUUAUUUACGUUUGAUUUCAUUUAAAUUACAUUUCGCGUAGAAGCGGUGAACGCGAAGUUUGUGCGCGGGAUUUCAAUUCAAGUUGAACGACAUAUAGCAGGGCUAGACCCGUCUACAGCCGACAACACGUUUUUCAUAAUUGCUUGAACUACUAAUAUGCGAGUUCACUUCCCUGUUCCAGGAGGGAACACUGAAACACACAACGCGAUUGCCUCGCACUCAUUCCAUAGAACAAUUGUUCUUUGUUAGUGUGCCUAUGAUUUUAUUCAAUUGCAGCGCCAAAAAGAAAAAAAGGAAAAAAAAGGGGGGGUACGUAUGUUAAGGACAAAAAUAUAUAUAUAUAGGCACCGCCGACGUAAGAGCAGAAGGCUAAUCGGUUCAAACGUGUGUUUAUAUACACGUGUACAGUACGACACACCUUGUCUCGCUAUCUGAUUAAUGUGUUUAUAGACGUUCGAUAACUCCCGAAAAAGAGUUACUGAGCAACAGGGGCUGGUUAUACUCCGCGCAUUUCUCUAUCACCUGAUUGACAGUGUGAAUAUGGUCUAUCUUCGAGUAGCCUGUACGAAAUCCUGAUUGGUCCUUUGGUUGCUUGAAUUCUAAGGGGGCCAUAGUUCUAUUAGCUAUUGCCUUGUGAAUAGCUUGUAGACAACGGGAAAUAAGCUGAUCGGUCUGUAAUUUUUCAAGUCCUUGACACAGAAAAUUUGGUAGCCGAAAGUUAGGUGGGCAGAUGAGAUUAAGAAGUUUUUAGGGAUAGCGUGGCCGCAGCAAGCACAUAACCGGGUUGAUUGGCGAAGCAUGGGACAGGCCUUCGCCCUGCAGUGGGCGUAGGCAGGCUAGUGAUGAUGACGAUGAUGAUGAACAACAGGAACAGAAUGCUGCGUGACGACGUCCCGAAGAUACGGAGGAGGUACCGUUAAUGCUAAUGUAGGCGGAACAUAAUCUUUAUAUACAAGCUUGUUGCGCGAAUUUUCUCAAAGAGAGGAUUAUUUGCUCGAGGAAAGUUUUAAAAAGUUACUGGGGGCGAAUGCUAUCGUCCAGUGUGGCACCACAAAGCGGACGGAAGAUUGAAUGCAAAUGCGUGUGAAGUGUUUGCUCUCUUUGCUUGCGCUAUGCUCCAUCACACCAUUGUUUCUUACGGGCAUGCAGCUAAUACAUAUAAGUGAGGAACUGGAGAGUUCAUUGAGUAGAAAGCGUGUGGAGGUGCUGGAGGCGUGAAAGGUGUACCUUGCACCUUAUAGCUCAGCCGAAUGGACUCCUUCUGAAAGCAGGGAACGGGCCGGAAGCAAACAGCGUGGUAUGCGUGUUACAAUCACAGAAGUACAAAAGCUAUCUAUAUGUCUAUACGGUGUUGUUUGUUUGUCAUGCCCUAUAGAAUGCCCCUUACCGACUUUGUCUACGGACAUUGUUCUUGACGGCUUGUUCGUUUAAGCACUGGCUAUUCUCCAGUCAUUUUUUUUUUUUUCACAGAAAAGGAUUGACUGACCUCCAUUUCGUCCGCACUCAAUCCUUCGUGCUCUUGGCAUAAAAAACUCAAAGUACGCCACUGCAGCCUGCGAAAUGUCACACAGCGGGAAAUAUGUGGCCGUGUUGUGUAAUUUACGGAACCAAAUAGCUACACGCCGUUUUGGUAAUUUUGCCGAUAUUUUUACGCCCUGGAAGUCAAACGCAUCGCUGCAGAGUCCAACUUUCUGCUACGGUUACCUGAAAUAUUUUAGAGCUCUAAUUGUCAAACCCAUGAUAUGUACUUGCUAUCUUCUGUAGAACCCCUUAGUUCCUUUUCUUUAUUUUUUUUCUUUCAGCAGUUCCGCGCGGUUCAGCCAUCAGUCAAUCGCUGGUGCUUUUCUGUCGGAGGUUUAUUGACUGGCCCGCCACAAGUGAGCAGUAGGAUUAAACUCGUCUUAUUGUUUGUUGUGUACGUACGCUCUGGAAGUGGCGCUGCGUGGUGCGCAUAUUCUGCGUCAUAUCAUUAAUCGAAAGCUGCGUUACUGCUCGAAGUUACGUGUGUUCCUCAGGCGGUAGUGGAAGUCUGAAUUGUUCUUUCGUGACAAUUAAUGAGCUAAUUAAGCAAAGCUAGCUAAUUGCCGCGGCACACGUACCUGACCACCGGCCCACCGCUCCUCCGCAGUACGGCCGUCUUUGCCUCGCAGUGCAUGUGUGCAUCAAAAAGAAAUGCUGGAGUCAGGGGAAUAUGGAAGAUUAUUAUGAAAAAUUCGU